AUGACCCUCAUCGACGCCCUCGCAGCGUUACAAGAAGGCGCCCUUCCCACUAAUCAGCAGACGAUCGCCUUUCUUAGAAGCCUAGCCCCUCCGCCUUCAGAGAGGGGCGAUGGUACAAAACAGACCAGCCGUCUUGUCGGGGACCUGCAGACUGUCCUGGACGACCUCAUAGUCCUGAUCAAGGAACGUAAUGGUGACGAAGAGCUUCAAGAAUUUCUCUGGAGGACAGGCGGUGUGGCUGGACAAAUUGGACAAGACGGCCUCAGAAUUCGGUUCGGCAAAGAUGAAGAAGCAAAGCGGAGGACAAAGGAGGACAAGAAAAAGAAGAAGACGAAGCCGUCCUUGAAGGAAAGAGCGCGCAAGACCGAAGCCACGAUGAAGUCUAAUGCAACCACGGCUGUUCACCACCUCCGGGCGCUAACCAAACUACUUGUCGUUCAACCCGAACUUCGUCACAUCAUCGCCGACUUCGGAUAUAUGUUCGCAGAAGUGGUGGACAAGUCAACUGGGCAGUCGAUUGCCGAAGCUCGCCAGGAAUUUGGCCAGGUCAAGAGUACCACGGGAACCAUGCAGAGCAUCACUGACAGAGCUUUCGCCGCCUCCCAAGCGCAAAAAGUACAAACCCGAGACGUAGUCAGCAAUUUGGGCAGUGCACCAGCAAAAGGAGAGGGCAGUAGUGGAGCAGCUAAGGCUGCAGACCUCGAUGAAGGAGCCAAAGACGGUACCGUCGUGAUGCAAAAUCUCUCAUCAUUGCGCGAACAGCUUUCGGCCACACUGUCGGGACCCGAGAUCUCCCUCGAAGCAAUUCGCGACGAGCUCGCCAACGGACACUCUUUCCCUUCUUUACAACAACUUCGAACAGGGGCGUUGACCUCGGCCGGAAAAGCGGCGGUGGGCUGGCACGACGUUGAGAAAGUGCAACCAAGGGCAAACGAUGAUGCUCCUGUACCUUUUAGCGAGAUUGAGAAUGGGCUCAUGCCAACAGAUCUGGUCGAUGCGGCACAGAUGGUAGCAGUCGGAAGCAAGAGAUUUCAUUUGGCACCAGGCGCAACUCGAGAUCUCGCACAGCAGUCCAGAGACAAUGUCGUAAAGAAUUUUAGCGAGGCAUGGACCGAGGAGAGGCAGCGUCGGAUGCUGAAUCGACUCAAGAAGCUCUGCAUCGACUGUCAGUCCAGCAAAGACUACAAAGAAGCCUUGGUGUGGUUCAUCGACUGUAUCGAGAAGCUCGCCACGACCAUGGAGUCUAAAAUGGAGAUGCCGCACACGACCAUGGACGUCGCUCUUAGCGAAGCUUCGGAGCCCUUGAUCCAAUUGCUCGAAAACUUCUCUAAUGGCCAGUCGCUUCGCUCGAUCCUACAGACGAUUCGAGCGCUGUCCUUUGGGGCGAAGGAGGACCCCAACAUUGCAGCAUUCUGGAAGGAUGCCGAUGCUCAUUUACGUCGAUGUCUGCUCGAGGAUGGCUACGUUUUGCUUGUGGAAGCCGAAAAAGGAACUCGAGAUCUCAUCGAACGAUUCCGCACGCUUGAGCAGGACUACCGUCGCCGCAUAUCUCAGCUCGUUGGCGAAGUGAAGGCUUUUGUGGAGUCGAUUCGCAACGACGUUCUGUUGCUCAAGGUCCUCAACGACAUCAAACAAGUCAGCAAAGAUCUCUUUGUGGGAAAAGAUGGCAAGCUACUUCCCAGCAAGCAGCUGUGGUAUGAGCUGAGAAGCGUCAUUCUACCUGCGCUCCUCGAGAAAUUUGGUAUCUUACCGGUUCCACGCAUCAAAUACCUUCAUCCCGACUUUGACAUUGUCAUCGAGAAUGUCGCCUUGGAGCUUAAACACCUUUUGCCUAACAUUCUCGACGUCAAGAUGACCAACGAUGUUCACUUCGACUUCGAAAAGAUUAAGUCGUCGACACACGAGCAUUCGCUCAAGAUCAAGUUCAAGGGCAUGUCGUUGCGUGUUCAUCAAUUGGCCUUCGCCCUCACAUCGCGUCUCGGUUUCACCUUUCACGAUCGAGGCAUCGCUGACCUACUGGUGGCCAACUUUGGCCUGUCCAUCUAUCUCGACGUUCCCAAAGACCCCGGCCCCCACUAUUUCAUCGUGAGAAAGGUCAAGGUCAAGCUACCGACACUGCAGCUCAAGGUUCACAAAAGCAAUCACCGGAUCCUCCACGCCAUGGCCGGCGCCUUGGCAAGCAGCUACCUGACGAAGCUCAUUCUUCGCCACUUCAUCGCAGAGGGAGUAACCCUUGGCCUCAAACAACUCGACGUUCAGCUCAUGGCUGCGCGCCUUAGCAAGGACGGUGAAGAGGGCAAACUUGACCUCGUCGAGGUCAGGCGCCAGCUAGCAGAGCUGCGCGACUUGCUAAAAAAGUACCACGAACAGGCCGGCACUCUGGAGAUUGACUUCAAGGGCAUCAAAGGCGCCGAUAUCAAGGGCGUGGGUAGGUCAAUCGAGGAAUCGCAUGCCGUCAAGUGGGUAAAAAAGCAAGUGGACGAGACGGGACGCAAAGAAAUCGUGAGGAACCAGUGGAGGAGCAAUGCUUUCGACAUCGAGGGUACAGACACGAUUCACUCGCCGCCACCCGGGGCCAGCCAAGCUGCGAGAGAAGCCAAGAAGAAACCGGAGGGCAGCACGACUGAAACAACGGUUAGAAAGGCAGACAAAGAGCUGCAGGCAGUGGCGGCACAGGAGGAACCAAGGAGAGCGCAGCUGCAAGUGCCUCAAUCAAUGGACAGUGAAGUGGGGAAGAUGGCGGUGAGGUCAAAAGAUCGAAACGGCCAAAUUGCAAAGCUAGAAGAGGCGACCGAAAGACACUAA